AUGUCCACCCUCCAGGAGAAGAACAAAGCCGUCGUGCAGAAGUACUUUGAAGAGUACUGGGGCAAGGGGAACGUCGCCGUCGUGGACGAGGUAUGCGCCCACAACUUCAUCAUCGAUUAUCCCAUGCAUGGCCCCCGUCGUGGUAAAGAAGCCGCCAAGAAAAUGCUCCUUGAGUUUCGAGAGCACACCGGCCGGGAGUUUGAUGACCUUGCAGUGGGCAAGCUCGACAGGCCAAGCACUGGAAGAGAGGUCUAUUUCUCGGGGACGACUAUCUUCACAAUGAAGAAUGGGAAGAUCGUGGACGAGAUUGGCGAAGAGCAGGCUCUGACGGCUCUACAGCAGCUAGGGCUCGUUGCUCCUCCUAAUCCAGGCAAAGAGAUUAACGUUGCCUGGGCUGAAGACCAAGACCCCUUUGGCCAUGUCAUGUGGCAAGCUUACGGUCAUAUCACCGGCCAGUGCUUCAAUCGCAUCGUCGAAUCCUUCCACAAGCAUCUUGGAGACAAGUUCCAGGAAUUCAUGGCAGCUAGCGGGAUCAAUGCCAUGAGCAGGAGAAUCACGAUGGAUGUGAGGAGAGUUGUUGAGUAUCCGGAUUUGCUUAUCACUGGAGCUCGCAUCUCAGAGGUCCGUCCGGAUCAAUUCUUCUGGCGUUUCUCCGUUUGGUCAACGAAGCAGAGAGUUGCUGUGGCCGAGGCAGAAGGGUGGAUGGUUUUCUUCAACCACCGGACCGGGAAGAAGGUUGAUUUGCCACGUGAGGGAGGAGUCUAUGCCGAUUUACAUGCGGCGUUGGUAAGACGUGCAGAGGAAUCCACUCAGGUCAGGAGGAAAUGGGAGGAAAACUGGAAAGUGGCAAGCAGGAGGGCGAAUCUUUGA